AUAAUUGAAGAUGACAGAGAUGCUUGUGCCGUCGCAGAUGACCCUAAAUAUCCGAGUAGUUUUGGGAUAACACUAGCGGUACCAGAAUGGGAGGCAAUUUGUACAGCUAUAGUUCUAACGCUAAUAAUAAUCUCAACGAUAGUAGGCAAUAUUCUGGUGAUCUUGAGUGUAUUUACAUACAAACCUCUUAGGAUUGUUCAGAACUUCUUCAUAGUAUCACUUGCCGUUGCGGAUUUGACAGUAGCAAUAUUAGUAUUGCCACUGAAUGUAGCAUAUUCCAUUCUAGGACAAUGGGUUUUUGGGAUUUACGUAUGCAAAAUGUGGUUAACAUGCGACAUAAUGUGCUGCACUUCGUCCAUUUUAAAUUUAUGUGCAAUCGCAUUAGACAGAUACUGGGCGAUAACUGAUCCUAUAAAUUACGCUCAAAAGCGAACUUUAGAAAGAGUGAUGUUAAUGAUCGGAGUAGUUUGGGUGCUUUCAUUAGUUAUUAGCUCCCCACCGCUCCUAGGGUGGAAUGAUUGGCCCGACGUGUUCGAACCCGACACACCUUGUCGUUUAACUUCUCAACCAGGCUUUGUUAUCUUCUCUUCAUCUGGGUCCUUUUACAUACCGCUAGUUAUAAUGACUGUAGUUUAUUUUGAAAUAUAUUUGGCCACUAAAAAAAGACUAAGAGACCGCGCUAAGGCGACUAAGAUCAGCACUAUUUCUAGUGGUCAGAACAGGUACAAUAAUAAAGACGAUAACAAUGAUCAAGAUUCUGUCAGCUCAGAAGCCAAUCACAAUGAGCACCAAGGCGUGACACGGUUGGUCUCAGACAAUGAGAAGAAAAAAAGAACCAGAAAACUGACACCAAAGAAAAAACCAAAGCGACGAUAUUGGAGUAAAGAUGAUAAAUCACAAAAUAAACUGAUAAUUCCGAUUCUCUCUAAUGAGAAUUCGGUUACUGAUAUGGGUGAUAAUUUAGAAAAUAGAAACACAUCAUCAGAGAGUAACUCAAAAGAGACUCACGAAGAUGAUUUGAUUGAAGUGACUGAGCCUGCGCCAGUGAAAAGUCACAAGAGGCCGAAACCUAACCAGCAAAGUGCUGUUUAUCAAUUCAUUGAAGAGAAGCAACGGAUUUCUUUGACACGUGAACGCCGCGCUGCCAGAACUCUUGGGAUUAUAAUGGGCGUAUUCGUCGUGUGUUGGUUGCCCUUCUUUGUUAUUUACCUUGUUAUUCCCUUCUGUGCAAGUUGUUGUUUGUCCAACAAGUUUAUCAAUUUCAUAACUUGGCUUGGCUACUGUAAUUCUGCACUUAACCCUUUAAUAUACACCAUUUUUAACAUGGACUUUAGGAGAGCAUUCAAAAAGUUACUCUGUAUGAAACCGUGA